AUGGGAAGAAGUGCAACAUUAGUCAUCGUGGUGUUUGUGGGAUCGAUACUUGCAGCUCACUACCUUGAUUCCCCGACUCCAGAGGGCUUAAAAAACCCUUGGAAAUACCGAUGUUUUGUGGGUGGCAAGAGAAUGGUGACCGAUAUUGCAAAUUUCCUGUCUCUCUUGACAUCUUCACCCUUCAUAAGGAAUUUUCGAAACCUGAUGGACUUUUUGGUUCAACCUACCCCGUUUGAAGUGGACGGGUCCAACAUCCGGGCAACUAUAACACACUUUAACGGGGUCAAAGUUCGACUUUACCAACCAAUCAACCGGAAGCCUGGUACUUUGGGGCCGGCGCUGGUGUUCACACACGGUGGUGCAUUUUGUAUUGGGAGUGCGUCUUCAUAUGAUAUGGUCACACGACGGAUAGCUGAGGAGCUAGACUGUGUCGUUGUAUCAAUUGAUUACAGAUUGGCCCCUGAGCAUCCCUACCCAGCCGCUUACCACGACACACUCAACGCCUCCAAAUGGUUCAUAGACCACGCCCAUGACUUCAUGGUAGACCGUUCGCGAGUCGGCAUCGCCGGAGACAGCGCUGGUGGAACGCUCGCCGCGGCCGUAGCGCACACGAUACACGACGCCACGGACUAUCCUGACUUCUCAUUUCACGCUCUGAUUUACCCAUUCACGCAACUCCUGGACUCCCACACGCCUGCCACGGUCCUCUCCGAGCACCUCUUCGGCCAAGACGGGUCUAUAGUCACGUGGAGGGAGGCGGCCAUGUUUUGUAGCUUCUAUUUACUCGGUCGCUCAGACCACAGAUUUGAACAAGCCCUGCUCCAAAACAAACACAUUUCUGCGGAGUUUCGAUUGAGCAACGCGCCACAACUCCAAUAUGUAAACCAUUCUCUGCUGCCAUUGGACAUGUGGAUGGACUAUGCAUCUCAACCACUUACCACCGAAGAUGCUCUAGAAGACAUUUAUACAUGGACCAAAUUCAAAGACAUGAUCCUCGACCCUAGAAUUUUCCCGCUCAUGAGGACUGAUUUGAGUGGGUUACCGCCUGCCUUCGUAUCAACCGUGGAGUACGACGCCGUGAGGGACCACGGGGCUUUCUACGCCGUGAGGCUCAGAGACGCGGGAACACCGGUGCGAUGGGUUCAUUACGACGGGGGAUUUCACGGAGUUUUCGGUCCGUCUUGGCCGUUUGUUUUUAAUGUCGGUGAAAAAAUGUUCCAAGAUUUUAUAGCAUUCGCCAAAGAGCAUCUACAAAUAGACAUGGAUAUAAAUACUUAUGAAAACUUCACUCUCUUUGCUUUCCGAGUGCCAAGAUGUCGCCGAAAAUCUAAAAAAUUGCUCUCACACGAUUAGAUCCCUGCUGAGUUUAAACAGAGUGGAUAUACAGCGCCACCAAUGGUCGAGGGUGACCAGGCGUUGUACGAGGAGCUACAUCCGGGUCUUAUGAAUCCUGACUUUGCUCCUCUUAUGCGAGAAGAUCUUCAAGGUCUACCGGAGGCGUACAUCUUAAAGGCUCAAUUUGAUGUACUGCGAGAUGAAUGCAUCAUCUAUGCUAAACGUCUUGAAGAGGCAGGUGUUAAAGUCACUUGGAAACACUACAUGAAUGGUUUCCACGGCAUGUUUGGCCCACUCAUCUCACCAUCUGAGCUUGAGGCCAGCGAAGAUUUCAUGACAUUUAUCAGUAAGAAUCUAUGA